GAUGGGUGUGAUGGGAGUGAUGGGUGUGAUGGGUGUGAUGGGAGUGAUGGGAGUGAUGGGAGUGAUGGGAGUGAUGGGAGUGAUGGGAGGCGGCAGCUGGUUCGUGGGGAGGUGUAGUUCAUGACCCAAUAAACUGAACGGAGAUGAUGAUGAUGAUGAUGAUGAUGAUGAUGAUGAUGAGUGAAUGACGUGGACGCCUCGUCUUCGGUGUCCCGGGUUCAAAUCCAACAGACGUGGGGGGGCAAGGCAGGUUCGGUCCUCCAUAAACCUGGACCGAGACGAGUGGACUGAACCUUUGUUUGAUUUCCAUGUUCUGCAAAACAGAAGUAAAAUCCCAAGAAAUAAUAGAAAUGCUCGGACGUCUUCGUCCCUCCACUCCCUCUUCUUCGUCUUGCUGACCCGUGUGUGUGUGUGUGUGUGUGUGUGUGUGUGUGUGUGUGUGUGUGUGUGUGUGUGCUGUGUAGCUGAAGCCAGACACACUUAUCCACGUUUGGAAAGGAAACAAGGAGCAAUACCAGAGUGAGAUGGCAAACGUUACGUCGGCAGGGUUCCAGACCCUGCUGUCCACUCCCUGGUACCUGAACCGUAUCUCCUACGGCCAGGACUGGCAGGGCCAUUACAGGGCCGACCCGCAGGACUUCAAGGGAACUGAAGAACAAAAGAAGCUUGUGAUUGGUGGCGAAGCCUGUUUGUGGGGGGAGUACGUGGACGCCACCAACCUGACUCCCCGUCUCUGGCCUCGUGCCAGCGCCGUGGCAGAGCGUCUGUGGAGCGCCGCGGACGUGACGGACAUCAACGACGCCUUCAACAGACUGUCCGUGCACCGCUGUCGCAUGGUGGCGCGUGGGAUCCCAGCUCAGCCACUGUUCUCCAGCUACUGUCCCUGUGAGUACAAAGGCGUCUGAAGAAGACCGUAAAGCCGUGGGAACAGAAGAAUGGAAGAUAAUCCAUAAACAAUCGACGUAUAUCAAAGGAAUCGAACGCCAAACUGCCUUUUUUGUGCUACGAAGGCUCAAAAUCUGCUCCACAGAACUAUUGAUCAUCUAAUGUCAUAAACCUCUCGAAUUUAUGAAUGCACUUUUUUCAUGAAUGUUUGAUUGUGAAUAAAAUCUUGACAUUUUA